AUGAGAGGUUUGCCCUUCAGCAAUAGCACAAGUCUGUUUAAUUUUUACAUACCAGUUGCAGAGUACCUAGAUAAAAGUCCAAUACAGUUUGGGCAAAUCAGCACCAUCCAGAGCUCCAGCACCCCCUUAUCUCAGGACUGCAUCCUGCCAUCCCUCUCCCUGCCAGUAAAUCAUCUUCUUUCAUCCGCUCAGCCUGUUCCUUUGCCUUUUCCUAUUUCUCAUGGAACCACCACCCUAGCUUUCAUUUUUCAGGGCGGCGUGUUGGCUGCAGCAGACACUCGCUCCAGUUGCGCUGGGUACGUGGAGGGCCCAGCCUCCCAGAAGAUCCUGCCCAUUCACAGCCACAUGGUGAGCACCACCUCGGGAACUUCGGCCGACUGCGCCCUUUGGAAACGGAUUCUGUCUCGAGAACUGCGGCUUUACCAACUCCGCCACGGCCGACGGUUGUCCACGAGCGGAGCUGCCAAACUGCUGUCACACAUGCUUCACCCAUUUAAGGGAACUGAGCUGUGUGUUGCUGCCAUUAUGUGUGGGUGGGAUGGAGGAGAGGUACAUGGACACCAUGAUGACACUGGAGGCACAAAGACUGAUCCUGGUGGUUGCACAGAAACAACAAAGAAAAUAGAAAAAUCGGUAGACGCCAGUCUUAUAAAGACUCAGAGCUCUUUUUCAUCUGUUGGUGGUCAACAGCACUUAGCUAAAAAGAAAAUGAAUGGCUCUGGACCCCGUAUGUUUUAUGUGUGCAGUGACGGCACUCGCCUGCAGGGAAAUCUCUUCUCUGUGGGCUCGGGAUCCCCUUACGCCUACUCAGUUCUGGAUCAAGGAGUUAAAUGGGAAUUGACACUGGAUGAGGCCACGUCAAUCGCCAGAGAGGCUGUGUACAGAGCCACACACAGGGAUGCAUACUCAGGAAACCAUGUCGAUAUCUAUCACAUCUCCUCAAAAGGAUGGAGUCGCAGGAGCAGAGAGGAUUUGAAAGAGGAAUAUUACAGAGAAAAGGAAAGACGAGAGCGAGGGCUGAGACAGAUCGUGACUUUGUCUGAGGAAAACAUGAAACAAACAAAAAUGGCAUGA